UAAUGAAUAUGAAUUAUGUUUACACGAGAGAAGUAUAGUUGCAGUAAGGAAAGUGAUAUAAAAACUGGAGCUACCAUCAGAAAGCAAAUCAGUUUUGUGUUGCAGUUCUUCAGCAAGUGUUUUACAAUGAAGUUUGCUUUCGCAGUUUUGAUCGCCAUCGCUGCGAGCUGUUCCGUUGGUGAGGCUAAAACGUUUACCAAGUGUGAGCUGGUCAAAGCGAUGUAUAACAGGGGUAUUUCGAAGAAAUUGUUGCCGGAUUGGGCCUGUCUCGUGCAGUGGGAAAGCUCAUACAGUACCACGGCGACUCACAAAAACACCGACGGUUCGACCGACUAUGGCAUCUUUCAGAUCAAUAACGCAUACUGGUGUGACUCACACUACGGAUCCAAUUUGUGCAAUAUACCGUGCCAAAAUCUGCUGACCGACGAUAUCUCAGAAGACAUUAAGUGUGCCAAGAUGGUUUACAGCCACCAUGGAUUCAACGCCUGGUACGGGUGGGUGGACCACUGCAGAGGAAAAGCAUUGCCCGACAUCCGCGAGUGCUUCUAGUGCGCGUUCUUGUGUGCCCUACUCGGUACAAGUGCAUUGCUGUAGCCUGUCGUCAUCGGUUGUUGUAAAACCAUGCGGCAAUGACCAGCCAUCACAUUGAGCGAUAUAUUCUUAGCUACACCCCCGGUUGGAAAUAAUAACAAUUUGCGCAACUCGUACAUUGGUGAGCGUUUCACAUCGUUUCUUAUGAAAGAACAGCUUCUUUGACCAACGUGCCCGGUCAGUAGAGGGUGUCAGUGUCGCUUUUAUCGCAAGCAGACAAAUGUUCGACUGGUUGAUGAAAAUUCUUCAACUGCACUGUGCAACGGACAAAAGCAGAACACCGUCCCAAGCAGUGGGACCUCUUCCAUCGUGCCAUUAGCGAUCCGGA